AUAUGAUUGUACAAGGUCAGCCGGAGCGUGGUGGACGCUUUGGGAGCGCAGACUUAAAGGACAGCAUCGCCAAGGGCAGGUCCAGCCAGCUUCCCGCCUCCAGAAGAUCAGCCUCCUAGGUGACAGGCCUGCAGGACCUCGCCCCGCCCCGCCCCGCCGCGUAUUCGGGAGGUCCGGCCAGCGGCCCCCGAGAGCAGCCUCGGCCGUCGGUGCGUCCUUGCUCCAGAACCCACCGCUCGCCAUGACCGCCGUGCCCGCGCCCCGCAGCCUGGUUGUUCUUCUCCAGGUGCUGGGGCUCGCCCUGGCUCAGAUCAGAGGCCCACCGGGGGAGCCGGGUCCUCCAGGGCCACCGGGGCCACCGGGAGUGCCUGGUUCGGAUGGCAUCGACGGUGACAAGGGGCCUCCAGGAAAGGUUGGGCCUCCGGGACCAAAAGGAGAGCCUGGCAAACCCGGGCCAGAUGGGCCAGAUGGGAAGCCUGGCAUCGAUGGCUUAAUGGGAGCCAAGGGAGAGCCUGGCCCCUUGGGGACCCCUGGAGUCAAGGGCCAGCCUGGGCUCCCAGGGCCCCCUGGCCUGCCGGGCCCCGGUUUUGCUGGACCUCCCGGACCACCCGGACCUGUUGGCCUCCCUGGUGAGAUUGGAACCCCAGGCCCCAAGGGGGAUCCAGGACCAGAGGGACCAUCAGGGCCCCCAGGGCCCCCUGGGAAACCAGGCCGACCAGGAACCAUCCAGGGCCUGGAAGGGAGUGCGGAUUUCCUGUGUCCAACCAACUGUCCAGCUGGCGUGAAAGGCCCCCAGGGACUGCAAGGAGUGAAGGGGCAUCCAGGCAAACGGGGAACACUGGGUGAUCCCGGUCGCCAGGGGAAGCCGGGCCCCAAGGGAGACGUGGGCGCCUCGGGAGAACAAGGCAUCCCUGGACCACCUGGUCCCCAAGGCAUCAGGGGCUACCCAGGCAUGGCAGGACCCAAGGGAGAGAUGGGGCCUCGUGGAUAUAAAGGCAUGGUGGGCUCCAUCGGGGCUGCAGGGCCACCGGGUGAAGAAGGCCCCAGGGGGCCACCAGGCCGAGUCGGUGAAAAGGGGGAUGUGGGGAGCCAAGGUGUCCGAGGACCCCAGGGAAUAACAGGCCCAAAGGGAGCACCAGGCCCUCCAGGUAUUGAUGGCAAGGAUGGGACCCCAGGCAUACCUGGCAUGAAGGGCAGUGCAGGACAGGUGGGGCGGCCAGGGAGCCCAGGCCACCAGGGCCUAGCGGGUGUGCCGGGUCAGCCUGGAACAAAAGGAGGCCCUGGAGACAAGGGUGAGCCAGGCCAGCAGGGCUUCCCCGGAAUUUCCGGUCCCCCUGGGAAAGAAGGGGAGCCAGGGCCUCCAGGAGAAAUUGGUCCACAGGGAAUCAUGGGGCAGAAGGGUGACCAGGGUGAGAGAGGGCCAGUGGGGCAGCCAGGCCCUCAAGGACGACAGGGCCCCAAGGGAGAGCAAGGCCCCCCGGGAAUUCCAGGACCUCAAGGCUUGCCAGGCAUCAAAGGCGAUAAGGGUUCCCCAGGGAAGACCGGGCCCCGAGGCGGAGUGGGUGACCCGGGUGUGCCUGGACUCCCGGGAGAGAGGGGAGAGAAGGGACUGUCGGGUGAGCCAGGGCCCAAGGGACAGCAAGGAGUUCGUGGAGAGCCAGGCUACCCCGGCCCGAGCGGAGAUGCCGGUGUUCCAGGAGUGCAGGGCUACCCCGGGCUUCCCGGGCCCCGAGGACUGGUGGGAGAUCGAGGCCUGCCAGGACAACCCGGGAGACAGGGAGUAGUGGGCCGAGCUGCCAGUGACCAGCACAUCGUGGAUGUGGUACUGAAGAUGAUUCAAGAGCAACUGGCAGAGGUGGCUGUGAGUGCCAAGCGGGAGGCCCUGGGUGCUGCUGGAAUGGUGGGCCUUCCAGGACCUCCUGGACCUCCUGGAUACCCGGGCAAACAGGGACCCAAUGGACACCCUGGCCCCCGAGGCAUUCCUGGCAUCGUCGGAGCAGUGGGUCAGAUUGGUAACACUGGGCCCAAGGGAAAGCGUGGAGAGAAGGGUGAUCGAGGAGACAUGGGACAUGGGCAUCCCGGGAUGCCUGGCCCUCCAGGGAUCCCAGGUCUUCCUGGCCGACCUGGCCAGGCAAUCAAUGGCAAAGAUGGAGACCGAGGAGCCCCAGGAGCCCCAGGAGAGGCUGGCCGACCUGGCCUGCCAGGGCCCAUGGGGCUGCCAGGCUUCUGUGAGCCUGCCGCCUGCCUGGGAGCUUCAGCCUAUGCCUCUGCUCGCCUCACAGAGCCUGGGUCCAUCAAGGGGCCAUGAGCCAACCAGCCAGAACAGAGCCCACUAGCAUCCAGGGUCACCUCUGGGUGGACAUGUACCCCAGGCUCAGCCCAGGGGGCUAGAUUCCUCAGGAGCCUGUUUGGAACUCUGGGAUACUGAAGACAAGUUCAGUGAGGGAGGGGCCGGGGAAGGGAGAGCGCUGGAGUAAAGGCAAGGCCUACAGAGCAAGUAUUGAAGAGCCACUACUCCCAAGGGAAGAGGGUAGAUUUUCUUCCCGGAGUACAAACUGUCUAUCCCUCAUCUAUGCUGUUCCGCACCGGCUGUCCCACCCUUGGGGCACGUGGGCUGAGGCUUCUGAUGGUCCUCAUCCCAUUCAUACUUUCUGGACUUUUUUAUUGAGUAUCUGCUGAGGGUGAAGGGCCCGAGGUGGCAGGCAACCCCCAGGCCAGCCUCACUCUUGCCUCUCUGCCUCCCAUCCGAGCAGUUAAACAGCCAUCACUGUUUCCUAGUCCCUUUGCCCACACCCACUCUGGCCUUCCUGCAAAUAAAAGUCCCCACGUUGGUUACAAA